GCGCGGUUGGUCGGGUCGCGGGGAUACCUGACGCCGGGGCGGGAGCUCAAAUCUCCCGGGUCCGGAGCUUAAAUUUCCCGGGCGGGGAGCGCGGGGCCUGAUGGGAAGGCUCCGGGUCGGUUGUGCACACGGCGGCGGCGGCGGCCACGGGUUGGCUUCGCCAUGCAGAGCACGAACCUGGGCAACAAGGAGAGCGGCAAGCUGUGGCACCGCAAGCCCUGCCCGGCCGCUCGGGACGGGUUUAAUCUUGUUCAGCGAACAGCACAAGCUUGCACGGCUCUGGCCUUUAAUCUCCGUAGGAAGUCUGAAUUCCUUGUGGCAUUAGCUGAUUAUUCUAUUAAAUGUUUCGAUACAGUUACCAAGGAGCUCAUUAGCUGGAUGAGAGGACAUGAGUCAUCGGUGUUUUCAAUCUCUGUGCAUGCGUCAGGGAAAUAUGCCAUCACGACUUCUUCGGACACGGCCCAGCUGUGGGACUUGGAUACAUUUCAGAGGAAAAGAAAGCUGAAUAUUCUACAGUCUGUGGGUAUCCAAAAGGUUUUCUUUCUACCGUUAAGUAAUACCAUCCUCAGCUGUUUUAGAGAUAAUUCCAUCUUCGCCUGGGAAUGUGAUACACUUUCUUGCAGAUAUCAGUUGCCAGCUCCACCUGAAAGCUCUAGUAUAUUAUACAAAGUAUUUGCCGUGACCAGAGAUGGUCGAAUCCUGGCCGCUGGAGGGAAAUCAAAUCACCUUCACUUGUGGUGCUUGGAAGCUAAACAGUUAUUCAGAAUUAUUCAGAUGCCUACCAAAGUCCGAGCCAUCCGCCACCUAGAAUUUCUCCCUGAUAGUUUUGAUGCUGGUUCUAAUCAGGUUCUUGGAGUGCUAAGUCAAGAUGGUAUAAUGAGAUUUGUCAAUAUACAGACUUGUAAACUUCUCUUUGAAAUUGGGAGCCUUGAUGAAGGAAUUAGCUCAUCAGUCAUUAGCCCACAUGGACGGUACAUUGCAUCUAUUAUGGAAAAUGGAAGUCUGAACAUAUAUUCUGUUCAAGCUCUAACACAGGAAAUAAAUAAGCCACCUCCUCCCUUAGUGAAAGUGAUUGAAGAUUUGCCUAAGAGUAAACUGAAUUCUGGUGACCUUAAGAUGAAAGUAACAACAGGAAGAGUACAGCGGCCAGCAAAAUCAAGGGAAAACAGAAUACAAACCAGAAUACUAAAGCAAGACCUGGCUGGUAGUUUUGAAAAUAAAGAGAAUGAGUUGUCAGAUGGAUUAAACAAAAAGCGUUUACAGAUCUUAUUAAAAGGCUAUGGUGAAUAUCCAACGAAAUACAGAAUGUUCAUUUGGCGCUCUCUGCUACAACUGCCUGAAAACCAUACUGCAUUUAGCAGCCUGGAAGAUAAGGGUGUCCAUGUGGCAUUUCUCAACCUUCAGAAGAAAUACCCCAUCAAAAGCAGGAAACUACUCAGAGUAUUACAGAGAACUCUAUCUGCAUUAGCUCACUGGUCUGCCAUCUUUAGCGAAACACCAUAUCUUCCGCUCUUGGCAUUUCCAUUUGUAAAAUUGUUCCAGAACAACCAACUCAUUUGUUUUGAAGUUGUUGCUACUCUCAUAAUCAAUUGGUGUCAACACUGGUUUGAAUAUUUUCCUAAUCCUCCCAUCAAUAUUCUCAGUAUGAUAGAAAAUGUUUUGGCAUUCCAUGACAAAGAACUGCUACAGCACUUCAUAGAUCAUGACAUAACUUCCCAGCUGUAUGCAUGGCCUCUUCUUGAAACCAUUUUUUCAGAAGUACUAACAAGAGAGGAGUGGCUAAAAUUAUUUGAUAAUGUCUUUUCCAACCACCCUUCAUUCCUCCUGAUGACUGUUGUGGCCUACAACAUAUGUUCUAGAGCUCCUUUGCUCAACUGCAGUCUUAAAGAUGAUUUCGAGUAUUUUUUUCAUCAUCGGAAUAACCUGGAUAUAAGUGUUGUCAUUAGAGAAGUCUAUCAUCUCAUGGAUACCACGCCUACUGAUAUCCAUCCCAACAGCAUGCUUCAUGUCUUUGUGGCAUUGACAAAAGGGCAAUAUCCAGUAUUUAACCAAUAUCCAAAGUUUAUCGUGGACUAUCAGACACAGGAGCGAGAAAGAAUCAGGAAUGAUGAAUUGGACUACCUGAGGGAGAGGCAGAUGGUUGAAGAUAUGCAAGCCGAAGUCGACCAGCAGAGAGUGGAAGACGAAGCUUGGUACCAGAAACAAGAACUACUUCGUAAAGCGGAAGAGACGCGGAGAGAAUUGCUCUUACAGGAGGAGGAGAAGAUGGUACAGCAAAGACAGAGACUCGCUUCUGUGAAAAGAGAGCUGAAAGUAAAGGAAAUGCACUUACAAGAUGCUACGAGAAGGCGCUUCCUGAAGCUUCAGCAAGAUCAGCGUGAAAUGGAACUAAGAAGGAUGGACGAUGAGCUCGAGAGAAAGGUAUACAUGAGAGAUCGAGAAAUUGCUACUACAACGAAAGACCUAGAAAUGAGACAUCUGGAACUCGAAUCACAAAAAAGACUUUAUGAGAAGAAUCUUAUUAGAAAUCAGGAAGCUGUUGCAAAAGAAAUGAGAGAAGAUGCAGAUGCCUUUAGACGAAAAGUGGAUCUUGAAGAACACAUGUUUCAUAAACUGAUAGAAACAGAUCAAACUCAGAACCAAAAAACUCAGAAGUUAAUUGAAGAAGAUUUGGCAAAAGCUGAACAAGCAUGUCUAAAUGCCGACUGGAGAAUUCAAGCUUUACAUAAACAAAGAUGUGACGAUCUGCAGCGAAACGAGUGUUACCACGAGGUGGCCAGACUCCUUCGGGAAAACAGAAGGAAAGAAACAGAAGUAUUAAACGCAAUGACGGGGGAGGAAGCUAAAAAGUGGGAGGAAGCUAAAGAAAAAGACUUUCAUUUGAAAUCAGAAAAGAAAGCUUCAGCUCUCGCAGAUGCGUCUAGAAGGUGGUUUCUAGAGAAAGAGAUAAAUGAUGCUUUAGAAGAUGCUGAACAUCCGUAUAGCAAGGCAGUGCCCAGGUACCAAAAUGGACAGGUCGCCUCAAGCUGUUUGCCUAGAACCUCACAGUUAAACGCCAUUUCGGAAAUGGAUUCGUCAACAUGCAUUUCUUUAAAUCAAAGAAGAAUACAGUGGGACACCACGGAGCGGGAUCUUAUGGAGAGAGUGCGAAAUCUUCGCCAGAGACUCGCCGCCCAGGCCCGCAACAGAUGUCAAAUGCCUCACCUUUUGGCCACAUAGAGGGCUGGAGACAGUCGGAGAGAUACCUGUUUUCCAAUCAGUGACACUGAUUUUUAGAUUAUUUAUUUUAUAUCCCUACGGAGGUCAACUUUUUGUAUAGAAAAAGUGUGUAUAAAAAUUAUGUGUACUAUUUCAUUCUGAUGCUUUUGGCUUGUAAAUGCCUUCUUGUACUUUUCAUAAUAAAAUUUUUGAAGCUAUUAAAGCUUGUGUUAGG